CACGCGCACAGCCUGCACACACCUGAGAUGGAAAGGAAGCACGAGGACGGCAGCGUGCAUCGGAAGCCUGUCCGCCUCAUAGCGGCGGCCUGUAACGGCAUGGGGAUCGGGAAGAACGGAAACCUGCCGUGGAAUUUACCAGCUGAGUUCCAGUACUUUCUGACAAGUGUCAGCAGAGUGUCACGACCAGGAAGGAUGAAUAUGUUGGUAUUUGGCAGACUGAGUUGGUUUUCCUGCCCGGAAAGUCUAUUCCCAAUGCCCAAUGUUCUUCAUGUGGUGCUGAGUAAAACACUGAGCUCUGUUCCCGAUCACGCUCACUUUGUGUGUCAGGACUUUGAGAGUGCAACCCGACUGGCAUCACAGCUGCCCCUCGCUGACCUCAUAGAGACCAUCUGGGUUGCAGGUGGAACUCGGGUGUACGAGGAUGCCCUGAUGCACCCCUGGUGUGACCUGAUUUACCUGACGGACAUCAUGGCCGAUUUCGACUGUGACGUGUUCUUCCCUCAGUUUGACAGGAGUGUGUUUAAAGUGCAAGACAGUUUUCCUGGCGUACCAACGGGAAUUCAGGAAGAGAACGGCAUCAAGUACAAAUUUCAAGUCUACAAGAAAGAAAUUUGUGAGGCGGUGUCGAGUCAGUAAAAUAUGAAGAAAACAGACUUUACUGGUGACUUCUUCUUCCUUUUAGUCCUCAAACCUCUGACAACUUUCAACACAUACUGAAGAAUCAUUUCCUGUAUAAACUGUAACCACUUGAAGUGCAAUAUGCAUCUUUCUCCUUGAACAGAAGAAUGAAUGAGCAUGUAUAUUUGAUGUCUGUGGCACCAUGUUUGAUAUUUUGUUGUUGUUCUGUGAUCUUCAGAUACACCGUGCAGUGCAACGGGACUUAGAGUAGUAACAUCUCAGAUCACCCCCAACUCCAGCAGUGCUGUACCACCCUAAAAAAAUAAAAUUAAAUAAGAGGCAAAAGUCACAUCAUCAUUCAGUCUCAUAAUGUGUAAAAUUUAAUCUGCAUGUUUUUAUGGAAAUGACUUUCAAUUAUUACAGCUUAAAUCAGUUUCUAUCUGCUGCGCAGUGAUUCUACUACUAGUAGCAUAGUAUUUAUCAGUAUUGUAGUGAUGAUUUGUGAAGAUAUGUCAUAGUACAGUUUGCAAAUGAAACAUCAGUGGAGAUUUAAACCAUAAUGUUUUAGUAGCUCUUAAACAUCCUGACACCAAGUUCAUUACAU